UCCAAUUAAGGCUUGCUGGAAUCUCUUUUUACGACCGAAAAAGUAGUGAAUCGGUGAAUUAUAUUGGGCGUGCAAUCGACUCCUCAGGCGCGGAAACCGAAGUCCACAUUGUGCAGAAACCUUGCACAACAGCCCAAUCGGAGCGCCACUUUUCUCUGUGUUCCACUCGAAGCAGUAACGCUAAAACAUUCACCAUAGGGCUAUCCGAGACAGCCGUGAUGGAUAUAAUGGCCUCGAACCUGCAGCAGCAACGAGCAAUCACCGAGCAGCUUCGCCGCGAGGCUGCCAUCCAGCGUAUCACGGUCUCACAAGCCGUCGCGGACAUCGUGAAAUAUGUAACCGAGCACGAAGCAGAAGACUGCCUGCUGGUGGGCUUCUCCAGCCAGAAGGUGAAUCCAUUCCGUGAGAAGAGCUCAUGCAGCAUCCUGUAAGCUAGGCCCUCUCCGAGACCAACCACGCUCGUCGUUUGUCGUCUCGUGUGUACGGCAAGGGGAGAACGAUAAACAGGAUGAAUGUUCCGUACCUUCCUGCCAGCAAUUGGGAGGGUCAGUUCUAUCAACACAGUGAACGAUGACGUCAUACGCGGUUGAGUAGGAAGGUAAUAAUCAUACCGACAAGAUAAUGUAUGUGUUAAGUGUCUAUUUGGAAUAGGAGUACCGGCCAAACCGAGGCAUACCGUAUCCUCUAUGCCGCAUGUAACAAGCCCGAACACAAGGCCCAAGCGUAAUGCCAAACAGGAUUUGCCCAGGAGAUGCAACAGUUUGUUGCUCUGAAACGUCACUGGUAAAGCCUUUCAACCUGUCGCUUCCCCUCACAGAAGGCAUGUAUUAGAAAUUGAAUCAGAAAGCGAUUAGAAGAAACCCAUUAGCUAUGGCUGCGCUUGCAUUUCAAUCAUCACCCAAAAAUAAUCUACCACCGGAUCUACAUACAAAGUAUACAAAGGUAUCCUCCUGUUGGGGUAAUACUCACUCUCAUCACGCAAGAAAUCUCGAGGGAACCGUAUUUUAUAGAAAUUUUACUCCUCCACCAAAAAAGAAACGUAACAGAUGGGCAUCUAGUAUCCUAGCAACAGACCCGGAGUCUGCUCAAUCGAUUUGCUUCCAAUUUUUCUCGUGAACGUACGCGUAUACCGGAUAUGAAGAAUAUUGGCAUUGUUCGAGCUGAAUUGUUUCAAUUCCUGAAGAUGAAUCUCAAGCGAUUCGGACCGGUACCGAAUACCACUUGUUGCUAUGUAGGCAGCGCACAAAAAUUAUGCACACUUGGUCAGCAAACAUGAACAACAAGAAAAAGGGAAAAGGAACACAGGACAAAUAAGUAACUACUGCUCUCGUUCAAGGUGUAGCCAAUUAGACUAUAUACAUAGCUACUGACUGUCGUCGGUGUUGUACAAGUAUAUUAGGAGAAAUGCGAGGGAAAUCAAAUCUUAUAUCAAUGUUACUGCUAUAUAUUUACUACUAAAAUCAGCCUGAUACGAACCACUGCGCAGGGUAGAAGAAAACCGUUCGACCGUCGUCUUCGUUGAACCUCAAUCGUUUUACCGCAUCGGCAGUCUGAGCCGGAGGUUUUACUGCCGGUUGUUGUUGCUGCCGAGCGGCAACAUGGACGCGAGAUCAACGUUAGCAUCCAAAAAUCAUGUAUGUUGUAACUAAUAAACUGCGAAAUAUUUAAAUGUAU